AGAAAGUGAUCGAAAAGAAGAAGAAGAAGCAACUCCAAAAAAGUCUGAUUUGCUUAGUUGCUAGCUUGUUUGUACUGUACGUUUCCAAAUGGAGGGAAGAAUAUUAUUGUUUGCGUUAAGUGUUGAUAUUAUAGCUGUUUGACGUUAUAUUUGCCUAAUUAAUUAUGGAUGCGAAUAAGAGUUGGUCUUCGGGGUUUGAAUUUGUGGAUAUCGAAAUCAUUGAUCACAAAAAUGAGACCGAGAAAGAGAAACCUGUAGAAAAAUUUAAAUGUGACCAAUGCAGCUUGUUUUUUUUAAACAAAGAGAAACUUAUACUGCACCAAAAAAAACAUGUUACAGAAUCAGAAGAAUCGGUGAAAUGUAGAUAUUGUAAUAAAAUACUAUCUAUCACAGAAGAGAGCAAGGAAAGUUAUAGCAAUAGGAAAUGUGAAACUUGUGAAUACCGUUGUACUAUAUGUCCACAAAGGUUUUUGCGCCACUCCAGUUUGUUGAACCAUGAGAAAAAUCAUAAAUUACCAAGAAAGAAACGAACCUCGCUUAUCAAUAGGAAACGCAUAAAUGGUUUGAAAACUCCUUACAACAUUGAAAAUCGAGUUUCUAAAAGAGGAAGACCAAGAAAGUAUCCUCUGAUAGCAAGUAACACAACAAAUAAAGAGAAAGAAAAUAGCGAAUUAGGGAUUAGCCCAAAAAAGAAACAAAAGAUCCAGUCAGAAUCAUCAGGAAGUGAUGACUCUACAGUAAAUCUCGAUAAUGAAGUUUCACCAAAUACUAAGACACUUAAACGUUCCUCAGUCAGAGCUGGUAAAUCUUCAGCAGAAGUAAUGUCAAGCCCUACAAAGAAUAAAACAAACACUGCACUCAGCAGUUCUCCGCUUUCAACUCAAAUUUCAGAAAAUGGAGUCAACUAUAAACCAUUUUCUUGUCAUGUUUGCGGGGAUCAUUUCGUCUCAGACUCAGUACUUCUGGAACACAUCAAAACUCAUGGUGAUGUAACCAAGGGAUUUAAAUGCAAGCACUGUGAUGAUGAGUUUGUUGAUAUUUAUAAAAUGCAGUUCCAUUUAGCAAUAUGUCCUUUUGCUGAAGAUGAACUGGAAACCUCAAUCAAGAAAAAUAGUCUGCCACCUCAGUUUUUAGCAAAACAGUCAGUAACUGUGAAUGAAAUUCCACGGAAAAGAGGUAGACCAAGGAAAAUAAAAACCGAUAUGCCUCAAAAUUCUGAAGAAGUUCAUAAACCAGUAACAACAACCGCAAAAAGAUACUCUAUAAAGAGGAAAUCUGAUGAUCCAGCAGGAUCCGUUAUAAAAACACCAAGAGGUGUUCGAACCUCAUUACCUGUACGUUUUAGAAAAAACAGUAGAAGCAAAAGUUUGGUAACUGAUACUAGUUCGGGUAUUAAUGAACAGGGAGAGAGUCAUAGUGACGAUAAUGUAGAUGAUGACUCUGAAGAUGUCAUGGUAGAUGAUGAUUUAAACACUAGCACAAAGAAUGACCAUUUAGAUAGUGGUGAUGAAGAAAGGAAAAAGAUGCAUGCUUGUCCCUUUCCUAGAUGCGAUUUCAAAUUUACUAGAGAGAAAGCAUUACUUUGUCACAUGAGAAACCAUAAUGACGAUUUUGAUGAAGUCCUCAAGUGCCAUAAGUGCGACAUUCCAUUUGAUGAUUUGCGGUCUUUAAGAAUACACAUAGACGACUGCAAAGGAAUAAAAGAAGAAAAAGAUGAUGACUUUGAAGAACCAGAUGAUCCGGAUAUUGAUGAUCAAAGUGAAGGAGUAUUCCACACAUUCCAAAGGUCCAAGGGGAGCUUUUUGUGUAAAGUCUGUGGAAGAGCUUAUAACACUGCUGCAAAACUUAAAAGGCACGAGGCCUUGCACCGCAGCCCAACCUUCAGGUGCCGUAUCUGCAAGGGUGUUUUUGUUAAUCAACUCAUGUUGGAUCAACAUUUUUCAAUCAAACAUCCAAACAAGUCCCCAUAUCAUUGCGCUAAAUGCAAUGAAGAUUUUAUAAGCGAGCUGUUUUUACAAAUCCAUUACGCCGAUUAUCACUCUGAAAGUAAACUAACUGAGUCAGCUGUCGAAGAUGAACCGAAUGAAAAUAUUCAGUCAGAGAAUGUAUCAAUACGGUUAAAAAUUCCUAAAAGAAAUAACUAUUCCAGCACUUUAUUAAACGAUAGAUUCACCAUCAGAAACAAGAGCCAGUUGUGGUGCCCUGUUUGCGUUGAAUGCUUUGACAAAAGAGAGAAAUUGAGGUUGCACUUACAGAACAACCACUUGUCCAAAACAGACUCAGUGUAUAUCUGUGAGCUGUGUGAGGCUGAGAAACCCAACGCUGAGAUGCUGUGUAGCCACUUGGAGGUACACAGCAGCAACUUAUUGUCUGUCAAUAGAUUCUCCAAGCUUAGAGCUUACGUGAACAAGCCCGAUUAUGGAACCGACCGAUUUGAGAGCUUUCCGAGUGAAGGGUCUGAGAACAUAUGCGAAAUAAUAAACCCAACCGGUGGAAAGGGAACUGGUGAAGGUGUGAAAUUACACAAAAGUAAGAUUAAAAUUAAGAGGCAUACACAGACAAAUGUACACAAAAUGAAUUUUGGAUUACAAUCCAAACAAGUGACAUCUAAAAUACUUAGACGUAAAAGGAUAGCUUUUCAGAGAAAAAAACUGUUAAAACCCAAAGAUAUGGAACAGAAAGAAAAAGAUGAAGACAAAUCUGCUGGAAAUUGUUCAGAUAAAAACAGUCUGCUAUCCAGUAUUUCUUCAUGCUCUGAUGAAGUGAAGAUAAAACCAGUUGGGCGAAUUAAAUACAAAAGAAAAGCCGAUGUUAGUGCUCGGGAAAAGCUAUCAAAGAGGAUAAUCAGGCUCAGGAAACCACUGCAUCCUAAAAGGAGAAAGCCAUUUGAGAAUUCGGUGGAUUUGAGGGCGAGCACUGAUCCGUCUAAAGUUGAAGUUAUACAAGAGGAACAUUCGACAAUAGUGUCAUUUCAAGAAAUGGGUGAUAGAAAGAGGGAUGGAGAAAUGGAACAAAACUUAAUGCCAAACACAACAGAUGAAAAAAAUAGUGCAAGAUUUACUCCAAAGAGAAGAAAUAGCCGUAUGAACACUUCCCUAAGAAGUGUAAAAGGAAAGCCACAGUUUAAUGAAAGAACGGAAAAUGUAUCUGUAAUUUGUAAAAACAGUGAUAAUAGAGAAAAUGUUAUUGUUGCUUCUGACAAAAGAGUAUACAGUGAACAUGAAGAUCAAUUGAACACAGAUAGUAACAAAAAUCAGGUUGAGACAAAAGAACUACAAGCAGACACUAAGUUAUCUACAUCCAGUAGUGAUUCUGAAGAGAUGUGUUGUUCUUUAUGUUCCGAGGUCUUUUAUAAUCAGGACGAUCUUCUAAACCAUGUGGGAACACAUAUAUAGCAAUAGAUUGUUAGUCAGGUGUUGAUCUAAGUUUGGCAAAGUCAGAUGAUAGUCUGUUUCACAAUGUAAACAAUUAAAAACGGUAUUAAAAUAUUCUAUCAGAUAUUUAGAAGAGGUGUUAAGUUUGAAAAAGUGUCCAAAAAUACUAAAAAAAAACUAUUAUUUGAAAUAAGUUUCGUUUUGCUACUUUAUAAUCCAAUACUUUGCCUUUUAGGUUGUAUAGGAAAUAUUUCUAUUAGUUUUUGUUACAUGACAUUUAUUUAAAAUUUUAAUACAGUACAGUAAGUAGGCCAUAAACCAAAUAUUUUACAUAGAUUUGCUUUCUUAAAAAAAUCUUGCUAGUAAUAAUAAACAUUUAACACUAAUAACAUAGAAAAAUCAAAUUUGGUCAUAUCUGGAAAUUGUGCUGUAGUAAAAAAAAAACCAUCCAAUUUUUUAUUUUAUGAGAAUAGAGUCAUUGUUUUCUCUUCUUCCUUAAAAUGGUAAAAGUUUGCAAAUGCACACUCACCACAUCAUUUCAGUAGUUUUUAGAACUACUGGCAACAUAAAUAACACAUUAAUUCCCUAAGCUUUGAUUUUUGUACUAAUAACCUUAGUGAACCUUAUUUCUGUGAGUCUUCUUAAGAUGGUGCAUCUUGAUUUUGGGUUGAGUAAUAAAAAAAAUUAUAGUCACAGUCCUUUAAGGACAAAAAAAGUACAAAUAGUUUUUUUUGGUUACUCCACGAGGAAUUAUAGACAUUUGAAGUGGUUAUUUUAUAAUCAGGCCCAAUAGGAAAUGGCUGAUGACAAGGAUUUUCAUCUAAUUUCAAGGAAACUAUCUAUAAAUUUCAAGGCAAGAAAAUUAGAAAAAAUUAUAGAAAUUGAUCAAUCGAGUGAAACUGUUAAGAUAAGAUUGUUUACGAGUUGUGCGUUUUAUAUAAAAUAGAAAAUUAAAAACAAUACUUUAUUAACAAAUAUAAUUUUCUCGAGUCAUAAAUCAUUAAAAUAGUGUAAUUUCCUGAAGAUAUAUGAGGGUCAAUAAGUAGUAGCGAGACAAAUUACUACUGCUCAAAAACGGCUGAAUUGAUCCAUAUGAAACUUUCAGGAUAUAAAGUUGGCAACCUCGCAAUAAUGCCGGAUUUGUUCAAUCAUAUUUUGUAAACAUAGCCUAAAUUUUACUUAGUUAACAAUGGUGAGUUUGCUGAAGAAUUGCACCAUACAAGAUCAAUUUCCUGUGUUUCGAUUUUUAGUCACAGAAGGUGGGAAAGGUUGUAAAAUCCACAAAAGAAUGAUAGCAGUGUACGGAGACAUUUGUUUGAAUCUAUUGAACGUUUCAAAGUGUCCAUACAAACAUUUCUGACAAGCAAUGCAGUGGACAACCAAUCAUAGUUGUGAUUGAUACAUAAUUCGGGACAAUAUCACUGUUGAACUGAUAAGUGCAAAAAUAAACGCAAGUGUUGGAACCAUCCAUAAAAUUAUUCACAAUAAGCUGCAUUACAAGAAAAUCUGUGCGAGAUGGGUGCCCAGACAAGUCACAGACGCUCACAUAGAAACCCAGCUUCAAAUCAGUCAACAGUUGAAAAAUUGAUAUUCAACUGUAGGAGAAGGUUUGUUGAAAAGAAUUGUAUGGUGUGAUGAAACAUGGAUCCACCACUAUGAGCCAGAGGCAAAAUGACAGAACCUUGAGUGGAAGCAUAUGACUUCUCCCACUUGCAAAAAUUAUGAUUUAGCCAUCUGCCAAUAAAGUCAUGUUUCAGUAUUCUGGGAUUUUCAGGGGCCAAUUUAUUAUGAUUUUCUUGAGAGCCAAAGAACAAUCAACAGCCAGUACUACAGUGACAUGCUGAUAAACAAAAUAAGAGACCUGCCAUUUGAACGAAACACGGAGGAUUCUUGGUUGAAGAUGUGAUUUUGCUUCAUGACAAUGCCUGUCCACAUAUGGCACAACUGACUAAAGAAAACCUUCAGAAACUGGGGUGGGAGAUCGUUCCACAUCCCCUCUAUAACCCUGACCUUGUCCCAUCAGACUUCCAUUCGUUUGGACCUCUUAAAGUGGUCUACGCGGGUAGUCAAUAAUCAGGUGUAAAACUGCCUUUGAGAUCAACUCAAAGAAUUUUGUGUCAAGGGAAUUUACAAAUUAGCAGAGAGAUAGAAUAAGUGUAGAAGUAUUGGUGGGGGCUACGUUAUAAAGUAACCAAAGUUUUAUACUUAUUGAAUAACCCUCGUAAUAUUUAAUUGUAUUAGUUAUACAAUUAAGGGUUUAAUUCACAUUCAUAUUGCAAAACGUACAAAUUUUUAUCUUCCUGCUCACUUCGUGUCCCGAUCCCAGCACAGUUAGCAUGUCUGGUGGAGUUUGGGGUGAACAAAUUUUGGAUUUUUAACUAAGAAUAUGAGUAUUUGAAUUAAGAAUUUAAAUUCCUUUUAUCUGAAAACUAACUCGAGUAUUCUUUGUAUAUAGAUGAUGUAUGUUCAAUAUAGAUGAUGAAUGUUUUGGAAGAAUAACAGAUUUUGGAAAUUUGCCUUUGUUAUGUAAUAAAAACUUAAAAACACUACAUCCUGAGAAUUUGUACUACUCUCAAGGUGUCAAAAAAUACUAAGAUUUAAAAGUUAAACAUGUACUUAAAGUCAUGUAAUCACUAAAAACGUGGCUAUGGACACACUAAAGUUAACAGAAAAUGUUUUAUGUCAAAAAUUAAACAUGUACGGACUUUGGUAUCCAACACUUAAAUGAGCAGCAUAAACAACAUAAUUUUAACUCACGCCCCAGUUAGUAUAUUUAAAAGAACUUUGUGUAAGGAAGAUUGACAAAUUUUUCUUGCUAUGGCUCUAUAUAAAUCUAGCAGCCUCCAAAAUGUCAAAUAUUGUACAUAGAUUAUUCAGCAACUGUGAGAUUAUUUUAUAUCAUUCAACUACCCUAUCCAGCUGUAAAUAUAGAGAUUACCAAAAAAAUGUCAAGUGACUAAAUUUGAAUUUUAUUGAAUUUAAGUUUCCUUGCUGAACAUCCAUUUUAAACAGUAUAAAAUAUCAAGUUGAAAUUAAUAACACAGGUGUGUACAAAAUAAUUAGAUUUACUGUAUGAAAAAAUAAACGAAUAUACUAAUUAAAAAUUAAAAUAUUUAGUCAUUUUGGUCUACACUUGUAUUGUUAUAUACUUCUACAAGGACUGGAUAACAAUAACCGGUUUAAGGCUAUAACAUUCUUUAUUUUUAUUUCGUGAUCUUUGCACGGCUCUAUACAAAUUUGUAAUUGUUCUAGUCAAAGUAAUGUUGGAAGUUCUCUUGAGAAACCAUGUUCGUAGUUUGCGUCACGGCUUCAACUGUCUCAGUUCUUGUUCCUUUCAGUGUAGGUUUCAUUCUCUGCAAGUAUGAAACAUUUCUUAGGGAGCAAGGUUUGGGUGCAUAAUAAUUAUAUAUUUAAGAUAAGACAUUCCCUUUGAUGUUAGGAUAAAAAAUAAGAGUGUAAAAAUGCAAAACAUUCAUCGUUCAUGUGGGAGAAAACUCUGUAAUUUCACUACAGCUGCCUCUUAACGAGUUUUUAUGAUAAAUUUCAAAAAUCUGUAACAUCAUACAAAUAAUUCAAUAAUAAGAUGAUUUAAACAGUACCUAUUCAAAAUGGUAAAUAUUUUAACUCUUUCAGUGCCAGACUUUUUUUUUUGGAAUGUUAGUCAAUAAUGUCAAAGAUAUUUGUGCAGUUGUUGUGCAAAAAUGCAUGUUAUUUUAGCAAUUUGCAUAUGGUUAGUAUAAAAUGUCAUAACUUUGUUAUUUAUUGGCAAAUUUUUAUAAUUUUUGUUUUGUUUUGUACAAAAAAGUCUAUAUUAACACUAAAUGUACUCAAAAACUUGAAUAGUCAGAUUUUUUAAAAAUAGUAUUUUGUUUGCAGUUAGUUUUAGGAUUUACGUAGAUUGCCGCGAUACUGCUGUGUAUCUGCCAGAUGUGUAAUAUUAAUUAGAACUCGCCAAACAUUAAAAUUCCUUCUUAGGAGUGGUCUAGGAAAUCUUUUUCAUCUGAAAUCUCAAGGUCUACGAUAUGUCGUGUAAUGUAACUUGCUUAGGUCAUGUAGAUGAUACAAUUUAUUUAUUUAGUUUAUAUUUAUUAAGUGAUUGAUUGUAUUUAUAAUAAUUUUAGCUUUUUGUUACCAUAUGUUCUCACGAAGUAACUUGUUGAUAUUAGUACUACUAUUUGCUUUAAUUGCUGUAUUGUUUAUAUAAAUUAUUGUUGUUAUCUAUUGCACUUAAUGUUUUUCUGUAAGUUUAGUUUUAUCUUGGGAUCUUAUUUCUUUCAAUUAGCAAUUUUGUUGAACAUAGAUUUAACCCAUUACAUGUCACUGUUCAGUUUACUGGACUGUACCAGACAAGCGUAAAUGUCUAUGGUCCUAUAUCUCUCGCUUUAUUGUCAUUUACGACCACCCAAAAAUGUUACAUGAAACAAGUUAAUACUACCUGUGCUUCAUAGGAAAAAUAAAUUUCAGUUGUAUGUGUUUAAAAGAUUUUUUUCGCUGUCUUGCAUUUUUAUGGUUGUUGACGAUAUAUGAGCCCUUAUAUAUAACUCUGCAUAAUAAAACUAAUAACUCCUACAAUUUUCAAAGUAAGUCUUGACAAUUUAAGAUUUAUGCUAGGAACCCUUUUUUGCCACAAAUGCGGGAAUUAAAAACAAAAAAGUGUAAAAUUUCUCUUUCACUAAGAUGAAUCUGAUAUAUGGCAUCUAUUUUGAAAUCCAUCAUAUUCCACUCCUUUUCAUUUAUUUCUGCAUCUAUAAUGAAGUCUAUUUCUUGAACUUGAUUAUUUAUACAAGUAGAAAGAUUGUGUUUGUUAUAGUUGUAAAUUUUAAAAAUAUUGCUUCAAAAAUUAAACAUGAUCUUGGAUCAA